AUGGGAAUAAUCUCAUGCAGUCUAGAGCUACCCAAAAUGUUUUGUUUAGGAGAGAGCUGGACUUCUUUUAGAAUAUGUCAUCAAUAUUAUCUACCAGAAUCACUUCUCAGAAAAUUAGAGGGGAUUUGGCUUGCUAUUGCUAUAAUCAGUUUUGCUGACAAUCACUUUGAAGGAUUUGCACAAUUCAAUAGCGGUAAGAUGUCUGAGAAACUAAUUAUUAAGCUUUUUUAUCAAUCCUGGCUAAUUUUUAUAUAG